CUCACUUGCUUGAUUGUCAAAUCACAAAUGUCAAAUCGCCAAUUCGCAAACACGGAGAAGCCGAAUUGCUCGUAAUUUAAAGUGUUUUAUACUUUUAUAAUGGCAAAUAAAAGUGAAAUUACUAACCAAAAAGUGAAUCCCAUAAAAGUUCCUCUUGAAACUGACCAAGGGAUUUCACUGAGCGAAGAACGCAAAUGGGGUCUGCCACUGAAAGAAGUUUAUAAACAUGGACUCUUCUUUUACAAAGAUAAAGAAGGCAAAGCCAUGCAUCUAAGUUAUGAAGACAGGCUAAAGUUAGUAGCAUACACACAACAAGCAGCUCAUGGGCCUUUGGAUACUAACUCAGCACCUCCUCUUGGGGUCUUGGAUGUGAUUGGUCGGGAUCGCAGAGCGGCAUGGCAGGCUUUAGGUCAAAUGUCACAGGUGCAAGCUAUGGCUGGAUUUAUACACACACUGGACAGAUUAUGCCCUCUUUUCAAACCAUACUUAGAAGCCAUACAAAAGGACUUUGAAGCCAAAAAGCAGCAAGAGUUGAAAAAAGCUGAAGAAGAAAAAGCUCAUAUGGAACUACAAAAUAGAAUAAUAUUAGAGAAACAAAAACAAGAAAGUACAAAAUUAACAGAGGAACAACAAGUACAAAGGAUAAAAGAUGCCCUAAACGCACAAACAUACGAGCAGUUCCUUCAGUACGCUCAACAGCAAUUCCCUGGUAAUUACGAUCAACAGGCAAUUCUGAUCAGACAACUACAAGAUCAGCAUUAUCAACAGUAUAUACAACAGUUAGCCGUUGACCAGCGGCUUGCAAACUCAAAUCUUAACUAUAAAGAGGAGUCUGAUGAUGAGAAUGAUAAUGAAAAAGAGGAGAAGGAUUGCAAUUUGAAUGAUAGCGAUCCAGCCAUUAUGGAUAAUAACAGAGCUAUGCAGACUUCAGAGAAGACUGAAAUAAUCGAUUAUAAUGAAGAGUCGCGAGAAGAGGAAUCAGAUGGUGAUGACCUGGUAUCGCCAGUCGAAGACGCUCGUAUGUGGACACGUGGCGAUAUAGUUCAGUUCAAAGAAUCGGCCCGCGCCAGUGGGGGCAGGCUCACUGUGGGCCACGGGGAGACCAUCACUGUGAGGGUGCCCACUCACCAUAGAGCAAGGUGUCUCUGCUACGAGUUUGCUACUGACAACUACGAUAUAGGUUUUGGCUUGUACUUCGAGUGGAGCAAGUCGCCCACGUCGGAAGUGACCGUGCACGUCGCCGAGAGCGACGACGAGGACGACGCCGACGACGACAACGACGAUGAAGAAUAUACGAUACACGAGUCGGCGGACCCGGAAAUGGGCGCGGAGCGGCGCGCGCUGAGCAGCGCCCGGCCGCCCGUCAGCCUCAUCGUGCCCAUCUACAGGCGGGACUGUCACACUGAGGUAUACGCUGGUUCCCACACGUACCCUGGCGAAGGAGUCUAUUUAUUAAAGUUCGAUAACACUUACAGCCUGUGGCGAUCUAAAACUUUAUAUUACAAAGUAUAUUAUACGCAAUAGAUUAUUAUUAUAUAAAUAAUAAUAAAAUAAACAGAUUAAUAUUAUAAAUAAAUGUAUUAGAGAUUUUAUAAUAGCACUAUAUGAAUUGAAUAAUUUUAACGCAUUUCAUGGGUGUGUCUGAAAAUAAUGAGUUUUGUUCAGAAAUUCAAAUGUUAAGUAGUAUAAAAGUCAUAGUAGUUUUGUAGUUUAAAAGAAAUGCUCUGUUCCCUGUCAUUUAACUAGAUUAUUAAAAACAUUAUUUAUUAAAACCUGACUGGUGUCCCAUUUGGUUAGUUUGAUAGCUACAAUGUGACGAUCGCAACCACCUCAGAUUGGUGUACAGUACCACUAUUUGCUAAAAUGCACAGUUGUAGCAUAAAUUGAGCCAAUCACUACAGUUGCGGUUUAACUAUAAUAUGCUUUCGUGCUGGUAUUUAUUUCCACAAUACAAUAAUUAUUGUAAUAACUAACGUUUUAAAACCGAAUAUAAUGAGAACUAAUCUACCACUUAUGAAAUGAAAUGUGUUAAAAUUAUUAUAGAUCAAGUAACCAAUUAGGAACAUGACAAUUCGUUUAAAAAAUAUAAAUAAAUAAAUUAUUAUUAUUAAACGUAUGGAUUACAUACUGCCAUUAAUACUUAUUGUGCAAUAGGAGUCAUGAAGCUUGGUUAAUAAAACAGUUAAAUAUAAUUAUUCAUAAUAAUUAAGUUUAAAGUAACAAAUAUAUAUAUUUAAUUAGUAUCUCAACGGUUAUAUGUUUUGUAUUGUAUUUAAAUUUAUCCUGCGUUAGAAAAAGAGACAUUUUUACGAUUCUUGUAUAAAUCAGAACUUGGCUAACACCACUGUGCCGUGUCUAUAGAUAUGAAUGUUUAACUUAUUAACUUUACUUUUAUUAUUUCAAAAUCUAUUCUAUUGUUAUAUUAAAAUAU